UCGAAUUAUCGCCAGUACACGAGCGCAAGCCAAGUAGGCAGAUUGGCUCGUACAGCUCUCGAGCGAGCUCGAGCAACAUCGCUGUACACUUUAUAUAUUAUUAUACUCGUACGUAUCGUUCGCGCGAAAGUUUUCUCUCUGUUUUUUCCUCUUUCGCUACUCAGAUCGUCGCAGCCUAUAAUGCAGAGGCAUACGAUGCAGUGCACAGCGCGUUAAACGUCGAGGCGUGCAAAAGUAGCAGCAGCCAGUCUCCUAGCAUAAGCACGCGCGUCGCUGGAAAAGUUGACGCAGAGUUUCGCAACAGAUGAUAAGUAGACGGACUACUGCCCAAGUGUUGUGCCCAGUGCCAAGCGUGUAACAGUAGCUGAAUCUUGCUUCCUUUUUUUCGGAUCGAAGCAGACGAGUAUAUACGAGCUGCUUCUCUCUCUCUCUCUCUCUCUAAAAGUGCAUCUGCGAGUCGCGAACGUGCAGCCUUAGAAAAAGAAAAGGCGAGUGACUGCUAGUGCGCGAGUGCGUGCACACAUUGCUUGUACUAUGGAGAGGAUGCAGCGAGACGUGCAGCCAGUUCGAUCGGGCCGAUUGGCCUUAUACGCGUAGAGAGAAACUCGCGCGUGUCGAUUGAUCCUCGCGGCAGGUGUGGGCACAUCGUCGCUGCGACUGCGACUCUGGCACAGCCACAACAAAUAUUGGGAUAUCGACGCAUACGAGAUACGCGUCCUGAACAUCCCGAAGCGCGUGCACCAGCUCUGAAAUCGACGUCGUGAAUACUUAACAGCAUCGCUGAUACACAAUGCCAGCACCGCCGCCUCCUCCGCCCGCGCCAACUUUCAACCUUGGUGGUGGUUCUGCAGACGGCAGGGGUGCCCUUCUGCAAUCCAUAAGAGCUGGCAAGGCUCUCAAGAAAACUGUUACUGUUGACAAAAGUGCACCAGCAAUCAGUGGAAGAGUUAAGGGUGAAGGUCCAAGUGUACCUGCUAGCACUGUCAAAAGUCCAGCGCCAAAUACUAAUAGUAUUAAUAAUGGCAAUCCUAUGGGAUUGGGUGGUUUAUUUGCUGGUGGUAUGCCUAAAUUAAAGCCAACUGGUAUGAGAAAUAACCUGACAGAAAAAGAUAAUGGUAAUGUCAGCAUGAACAGCAGUGGUUCCGCUACAUUACCAAGUAUAAAAAGAGGUCCACCACCAGUGCCACCUCCAGCAGCACAAAAACCACAGAUUUAUCCUACAGGAUCUCCGCAAUCAGUAGAGCCUAAUACAAAUCAGAAUGCAGAUACACCAAGAGGGUCAUAUGGCAAGCCUACUUUGGCUCCUAAGCCUCCGGUUUUGUCUUCCAGUACUGUACAACAGUUACAGCAGAAGCCUUCACCUCCACCUAAAAAACUAAGUUUAACUACAAAUAACUCAGUAUCCAGGGCACAGAGUAUGCGAUUACCUCGCUCUCCACCGGUGCUGGCACCGACGCCGCCCUCGCUACAUCAGUCACAAGAUUGCCUAAAUGCGGAACCUCAGCAGAGGACACAAGUGACACGAGUGCUAAGGCCACCGGUGCAACGGCCCCCUUCGCCACCCACGUCACGAGGCAAUGGAUUGGCUACAAGAGCGGCACCUCCGCCUCCACCGUGUCGAGCCCCAUCGAUGCCACCACCACCACCACCAUUGCCACAUCGCAGCGCCUCGUCAGCUGGACAAGCAUCAUCUGGUACAUCGACGCCUCCAUCGACGGCGAGGCUUGCACCACCUGUACCGCCGCCUCCGACGCCGCCGACGCGAGGUCAGUCAUUACAACGAAGCAACGGCCAACAGCAGCAUCACCAGCAGCAGCAGCAGCAACUCCACUCGUCAAACUAUCACAUCUCUGCAGCGGGUCCUGGUCCGGCUGAAUUCGAAGCUCGCUUCUCGGACCUGUUUCAUUCAAUUGCGAAGUUUCCGCCGCCAGGACCAUUCCGUGGAGUACCUAAAGUCUACAGCAGCAAAACCGUUGCAGCUGCGAAACAACAAGCGCCAAUGCCACCGGUACGUUCGGUUUCGAGUGCGGGGAGCAAUUUACCAUCGCCUAGACAACAGCAGCAGCCUACGACGCAUUGGCAGCAGCAAUCCACACAGCCAAAUGCGGCCUGCUAAGGCUGGCUUUACUCUUGUCUGUGCUUUUUUACGUUUUGUCGGGGAGAUACGAGUCAUCUGGAUGAGCUCCCUUCGCCAUAUUUAUAAUCGGUAUCGAAUGAAGACUGCAUGGAUAGACGAGAGGCACUAUACGAACAUGAAUUUUAGCGCGUUGAUACACAAUUUUUUUUAAAUUUAUUACUAAAUUUUUUUCACAUUGUUCAUGAUUGUUCGAUGGCAUGUAUACAUAUUUAUAAAUAUUAACGCAAGAUAAUAAAAAAUAUAUAUUAUAUUAAAUAAAAAAUGAAUUGUCACGACGACAUGUGAGCAAAAAGAACGUUAAAAAAUUAGCUCAUUUUUUGUUAUCAUACAAAGCGAGAACGUAUCAUAAUGAGCUUAUUCGCACAAAAACGAUAUUGUAAAGUUUUUAGUUGAGAUAGAUUUUAAUUUUAUUUUACUUAUAAAUAGUUACUCAUUCUCAAACCUUACUAUUGGGUCAUUUUUUAUUAGCUUAACGUAGUUCUGUUUGUAAAAUGAAGUUAAUUCUCAUUAAUAAGUAUUGCACUUAAAUACAAUAAGUUACUGUUGCUAAUGAGAAUAGAUUCUUUUAUCCAAGUCUUCCUGAAAUAUUGUGUAAUUUUAUAUAUUCUUGAUAAUAUUUCUUCGUGUUAAAGUUGUCAAUCAAAAUCUACAGCAAUAUAAACAAAUGAAAAAAAUACAUACCAGGCACGAGUAAUAAUUUAAUGAUUAUUCUUAAUAAUAUAUUAUUCUGCAUCAAAAACUUUUGUGAUUCAAGCUACUAAGCAAUAUUUCCAAGCAGGAAUUGAGGAAGCUUUAAUUAUAAAAUAGUCUGAUUAUGCUCAGUAUUAUUAAAUGGGAUUUUAAAUGGCUAUUCAAAGAGACUAUUUUAAAAAUAUUAAAAAUCCCAUUGAAAAGAUAAACAAUCAGUUAUGGUAUUAUAAUUGUUUAAUCUAUUCUCAUUACAUACAUCGUAAGUUUACCGUUUACAAACAUUCCCACGCUGAGCUAUUUAAACGUUAAUCUUGAUUGAAAAUUUCUUCAUCAAAAUAUUUUAUGAACACGAAGCUUAACAUAAUGGAAAUCAAAAUUGAUCAUUUUAACACAUUGAAUUUAUUCCUACAGCCGAUUACCAUAGUUAGGCAUUUUGGUUAAUCAGUUACAAUACUUAGAUAGACACUAAAUUUAGAGCAUUAAGUUCGUUAUAGCAAAGAUUGCAGUGCGAUCUUGUGAUUUUUAAAAAUACAAAUACACCAGUGAAAUUUUGAUGAGAAAAAUAUUUAAAAAAUACGAGUUUGAAACAAGUCUGUAGAAAGUCAAGGAACCAAAAAAUUAAAUACAAUUUUUAAAAAGUUCCAAACACAUCUCAUCUGAAUUUUCUAAACCAUUUUACUGGUAUUUUUUGCGCGCAGAAAAUUGUAAAUAUUACAUAUCAUUACAAAAUGGUAAUUAAGUUUUAAGAAAAUAUUUUUAAAUUAUUAUAUGUAUAUGUUUAAAGUUUGCAUAAAUUUAUAGUUUUAAACAAUGUUAGAUAAAUUACAUAUUUCUUUCUAAUUUGCAUCGUGUAAAUAACAAUCUGAAUAAAAACAUUACCAUUUUAUGAAAAAA